AUGUCGUUAAAGGCAUGUCUUGAAAGCCAUGCCGUGGGCGAGCUCGUACGCGCUAAAGGCAUCAUGGUGGACGUGCCGCACAGUGCGCCAGUGCGCGAUGCGCUGCAGCUGAUGCGCAUGCACGGCAUCUCCGCGCUGCCCGUGUGGGCUCCGCCCAACGAGUGGUCGUCCGCGCGCGACGACCCCACGUGGGCUCUCGACGUGCCCAUCUCCACGCUCAUUGGCCACUGCCUCGAAGGGCUCUCCUGCUGGACCCUCCCCUUCCACCUCUCAGUGCUCGACUCAUUGGAGCCAAUGAGCAAGGGCGUGCACCGGGUGUUGCUGCCACUGCCAUCCGCAGACCGCCUCCCAUCAGGCCCCAUCGUGCCUCUCUCCGCUGCCACUCACGGGGGGUUCUCCCGCGGCCUCCUCACCACCGGCUGUGCCCCUGCCUACACCAUCCUGAACCAGGUGGAUCUGAUAAAGUUCAUGAUAGCUGAAGCACAGGCGGAGACAGGCGGCCAGCACCAUCACUUCAAGUCCAGCAGCAGCAGCGGCAGCACCGCCAGUCCUGUACCUUCCUCAUCUUCCUCCGCUGCUCCUCCUGCAGCCACGGGCAGUGGCAAGACCCUAGCAGAGCUGCUGCAGCUGUCAGUGAAGGAGGCGGGGGCAGUGCAUGGGACGGUGUUUGCCGUGCCAGCGAGCAUGAAGGUGCUGGACGCCAUUCGCUGCAUGCAGCAGGCGUCUGUGGCUGCCGUGGCAGUGCUCGAGCCCACACCGGAUGACAAACUCGACGACCCCAUGCUCAUCUUUGGCCAAGGGCGUUGCCUGGUGGGAACACUGUCAGCCAGUGACCUGCGCGCCUGCAGUGAGGAAGCAGCGCUCACAGCUCUCCCCCGCUUGACCGUCGGUGACUUCCUCGCCACUCUCUCUGUCGCUCAAGACGUUGGAAUCUCCGCCGCUUUCAGCCCGUACGCUCCUCCGCCCGCCCUCGCCACCCUUGCAUCAAAUUCCCCGGCAUCGUCUCCUGCGCGCAUGUGUGAGGCGAGAUCUAUGGUGCCGAUUACUUGCCGGGAGCAUUCUCGGCUAGGCGUGGUAAUGUCUCAAGCGAUUGCUGGGCGCGUGCAUCGGGUGUGGGUGGUUGCGGAUGACUCAUCAGGGAUUCUUGUGGGAGUGGUGACCAUGUCGGACAUUCUACGGUGCAUAAGAGAGCACGCUGAAGGGGAGCGAUAA